CUUUACAAUAAAAAAAAAAACAUUUGUUGAUUUUGUGUUUAAUUUUUAACUAUAAUUGAAUUUGAUAAUUAUUAAUAAGUUUAUAUCUAUCUGAUUUAGUUAAAAUACUGGAAUUGACUUAUUUGACACCUAUGAAUAUUUUGGAAGAAUACGAUAAAAGAAAUUAGAAAUAUAAAAUGGAUAAGCCAUCCGCAAAUGUAGGUCGUUCACGUGGAAGAGCAGGUUCUGGUAACCAGCCAGCAAGUACCGGAGGACGAGGUAGACGUCCAGCUCAAAUGGCUCAAGCCCCAGGAGGACUACCGGCACCAGAAGCUGCAGGCUCAGCUCCUUUUGCUUGGGGUAACCCAAAUGUUGGUGGUGCACGGGGCUCAAGUCGAGGAGGAGUUGUUAUGAGCGCAGCACAACCUACUGCGAUAGCGCAACAACGUCCACCAGCGCCUGUUACUCUAGGACGAGCCACAACACAUCGUGAUGUACCAGAUGUUGAAACUCAAGGAGCCGUUGGAACAGAGGAUAAUCGUGGUGUAGUUCGUGGGAAACGUGUUAUUGCUGAACUUGUUCACUCACGUCCCCGAGAUCUGAAAACGAAAUGCGGUACAAUUGGUGAUAAAGUGUCAGUGCAAACAAAUUACUUUCGUAUCCUUAGAACACCACUGUGGUCUAUACAUCAGUAUCGUGUGGACUUUAGUCCUGAUGUUGAUAUGGUGCGUCUUCGACGAGCUUAUUUAGCUCAACAUAAAGAUCUAUUUGGUGGCUAUAUAUUUGAUGGUACAUUGCUAUUCUGCACAAAUUUCUUUAUGGAUCAAGCAGAAAACGGCCAAAAAGAACUUUUAACUAAGAACCGUGAAGGCGAAACAAUACAAAUAAAAAUUAAACAUGUCGGCAUAGUUGAUGUCUCAGAUGCACAACAAAUUCAAGUAUUAAAUUUAAUUUUGCGUCGUGCUAUGGAAGGUCUUCAGUUGCAAUUAGUAGGAAGAAAUUUCUUUGAUCCCGUUGCAAAAAUUAAUUUGGAUAGUUAUAGAAUGGAACUUUGGCCUGGUUAUCAAACAUCAAUCAGACAGCAUGAAAGAGAUAUUUUAUUAUGUGCUGAAAUUACUCACAAAGUAAUGCGCACGCAAACGCUUUACCAAAUCCUAUCCGAUUGUUCAAGAGAUUUUCAAGAUUUUCAAACUGGUUUCAAACAGCAGGUUGUUGGAACUGUUGUACUUACUGACUACAAUAAUAAAACAUACCGCGUGGAUGAUGUUGAUUUUAAAGCAUCACCAAUGUCAAAAUUUGCCACAAAGGAUGGAGAAAUUUCUUAUAUUGAAUAUUAUAAAAAGCGCUACAACAUACAUAUUCGAGACCAAAAUCAACCAAUGUUGAUUUCACGCCCUACGGAGAGAAAUAUUCGUGGUGGUCAGAAUGAAUUCAUUAUGCUAAUACCUGAGCUAUGUCGUGCAACAGGCAUAACUGAUGCUAUGCGGAAUAAUUUCAAAUUAAUGAGAGCCAUGGGCGAUUAUACACGACUGAAUCCUGAUCGUCGUAUGGAACGCUUGCGAACAUUCAAUGAUCGACUUCACAGCUCAAAAGCCAGUAUGGAAGUUUUUUCGCUUUGGAAUAUGAAACUUGAUACAAGUUUGGUAGAAAUUCCUGGACGUAUAUUGCCGCCUGAAAAAAUCGUUUUUGGCAAUCAAAGAAAAGUUCCAUGUGAUAGAAACGCAGACUGGCAGCGUGAAUUCCGAAAAAACACUAUGUAUUCUCAGGUUGACAUAAAACGGUGGUAUGUUAUUGUUCCACGUCGUAAUUUGCGAGAAGUUCAAGAUUUUGUAAAAAUGUGCAUUCAAGCAGCACGUUCCAUGAAAAUGCACAUAUCUGAGCCGCGAUACGAGGAAAUGCCUGAUGAUCGAAAUGGUUCCUAUUCUCAGGCGAUUGAUAAAACUACAGCUCAAGAUCCCCAAAUACUGAUGUUGGUGCUUGUUAACAACAAUGAGGAAAAGUAUUCCUGUAUUAAAAAGAAAUGCUGUGUGGAUAGACCGGUGCCGUCACAAGUUUGUACACUGAGAACGAUCGCUCCAAGAGGUGACAAAGCUGCUGGACUUAUGUCGAUUGCCACGAAAAUUGUCAUUCAAAUGAAUGCCAAGCUAAUGGGCGCCCCCUGGAUGAUUGAUAUGCCAUUGAGUGGACUAAUGACUGUGGGCUUCGAUGUUUGUCAUUCGGCAAAGGAGAAAAACAAGUCUUACGGCGCACUUGUUGCAACAAUGGAUAUAAAGCAAUCUACCAAAUAUUUCUCAGCCGUUACUCAACAUCUGAAAGGUCAAGAGCUGUCCAACGAAAUCAGUGUGAAAAUGACUUGUGCUCUGAAAGCUUAUCGUGCUACCCAUGGAACUCUGCCGGAACGUAUAUUAUUCUUCCGUGACGGUGUGGGCGAUGGUCAACUGCACCAGGUUUUUAGUACCGAGGUCAAAUUUCUCAAAAAUAAAUUAGAUGAAAUUUAUAAAUCUGCUGGCUUCGAGAAAGGAUGUCGCCUAGCGUUUAUUAUUGUGUCCAAACGUAUAAAUACGCGUUACUUCCUAAACAACCAAAACCCGGUACCCGGUACAGUAGUUGAUGAUAUAAUUACACUGCCAGAGAGAUAUGAUUUCUUUCUGGUAUCGCAAUCAGUGAAACAAGGUACAGUUUCGCCCACCAGCUACAACGUCAUAUACGAUAAUAUGGGUCUAAGUCCAGAUAAAAUACAAAUCUUGACUUAUAAAAUGACUCAUUUAUACUACAAUUGGUCUGGAACUUUGCGUGUACCGGCAGUUUGUCAAUAUGCUCAUAAACUGGCAUUCCUAGUAGCAGAGAGUAUUCAUCGUGCUCCAAACAAUGUUUUGGAAAACCAAUUAUACUUCCUUUAAGUACCAAACAUAAUAUUUUUUUUUAAUAAAUAAGUUUUUUACCUAACGAUUACAAACAUUUUCUAAAAGUUGUUCACGUUGUUUUUUAUUAACGUGAGAUUUAACGAAUUUGUUUUUAAUAACUAGAUGUAAUUUUCAUUUAAAAUGGAAUUUGAAUACUUUUACAUUGAACUUUUUUUUAUUUUCUUUUUAUUUAAUGAUUAUUAUCAAUUAUUUUACAAUUAAUGCAUUUCAUUUGAAUUUUAUCGAAUUUUCAGUUUGUUGUAAUAACUAUUAAAUAAAGAUUUUGAAUGUCUAUGAAA